AUGUCCUGUCCUUUAUUGUUUGCUCAGUCCUCUGAAGGUCUGUUCUUCAAACCUUCUGUCGGUAAUGCCACACCAACUACUUCUGAUGUUGCGAUUUCUGUCUCAAAAUACGACUCUGCUGUGAGGGUGGUUGAUACUGAACAAUUCCCAGUACAAGGCAAUAUCACAAAGAUUGCUGCAUUAUUAGGUUUCAUUCAAUUGAAAUUAAAUAAAUAUGCCAUUAUUGCUAAUACUGUCGAAGAGACCGGUAAACUUUCAGGUCACACUUUAUACAAGGUGAUUCAACAUUCGAUUGUUCCUGUUUCAUCAAGCCAAGUUGCUGACUCUGACGAAACUUCAUAUUUAUCAUUAUUGGAGACUCAAUUGACUAAUGCUACUUUGUUUUUCUCUUAUACUUAUGACUUAACAAAUUCUUUCCAACGUAAUGAAAAGAUUGGUAACAAUUCAACAAACACUUUCAAUUGGAAACAAUGUGAUACAAGAUUCUUUUGGAAUCAUUACUUAUCUCAAGAAUUGAGAGAGUUGACUGUUCAAGAACCUCGUGUUGAUAGAUUCAUCCAACCUAUAAUUUAUGGGUAUGCUAAAUGUGUCGAAACAAUCUUAGCGCAAACCCCAAUCUCCUUGGCUUUAGUCACUAGACGUAGUAGAUUUAGAGCAGGUACAAGAUAUUUCCGUCGUGGUAUUGAUGAAGAUGGGAAUGUUGCAAAUUUCAACGAAACUGAACAAGUAUUAAUCACUUGGCCAACAGGUGCCGCUGAACAUCAUGCGUUCUCGUUGCUACAGACAAGAGGUUCCGUACCUGUCUUUUGGGCUGAGAUUAAUAAUUUGAAAUACAAACCAAAUUUGGUCCUUGGUGAAAAUUCUAUCGAGGCUACAAAGAAACACUUUGAUCAACAAACUUCUUUAUACGGUAGAAAUUAUUUGGUUUCCCUAGUUAAUCAGAAGGGUUAUGAAUUACCAGUAAAGGAAGCAUAUGAAAAUAUCGUUAGACAACUUGAUAAUCCAGAUGUCCUUUAUAAUUAUUUUGAUUUCCAUCAUGAAUGUCGUCAUAUGAAAUGGCAUAGAGUUAAACUGUUGAUCGAACAAUUACAAGAUGCAGGUUUAAAAAACACUGAUUGCUUCCAUAAGAUUGUGGAUUCUCAAGGACAAACAUUGAAAAUUGUCUCCGAACAAAAUAGUGUUGUGAGAACUAACUGUAUGGAUUGUCUAGAUAGAACCAAUGUCGUUCAAUCUGUUUUAGCUCAUUGGGUACUACAAAGAGAAUUACAAACAGCCAAUGUUCUAAAGGAUGAAAAUGACCUAUGGGAAUCCGAUAAGAAAUUAUUAUCCUUGUUUCAAAACUUAUGGGCUGAUAAUGCUGAUGCAGUAAGUUUCUCUUACUCUGGUACCGGUGCUUUGAAGACUGAUUUCACUAGAACCGGUAAGCGUACUAAAGCUGGUGCAUUCAAUGAUUUUGUUAACUCUGCUUCUCGUUAUUAUCAAAACAAUUUGACUGAUGGCCCAAGACAAGAUUCAUAUGAUCUAUUUUUGGGUAAUUUCCAACCAAAUACCUCAUCAUUAGGUAGAUCUCCAUUCUCUGAUAAUAGACCAAGCUAUAUUCAAACUUUACCAACCAUUAUUUAUGCAGCUUUAACCGUCUUUGGGGCUACAAUAUUUUUCCCAAAAUAUCAUUUCACAAGUUUCAAGAACUUAAUGUUUUUCCUAACUGCAACGUUUAUCCUAGUAUUAUCUGGUAAGUUUGUCAUUAGAAAUGGUAUGCAAUUUGUUAACUGGCCAGGUUUAGUUCAAUUGAAAUUCUUGACCACUGAAUCUAAAUCUACAAAUGACAAAAAGAGUAAGGAUAUCAAGUAUUUACCAAGUCCAUCAUAUUACAAACCAAAUAACCAAAGAAAGUCGGAUUAA